UGCUGGGGGCUGCGCUUUACAUGCGGUCAGGCGGUGUUCGUGCUUGUCGGUGUGUUGAUGUUUGCGGGCAUUGUGCUGUGGUUAUUUAGUCCCGUCAUGUUGUGGGUUUGCGCUGCUCCGUUGAGGUUGUGCUGUGGACCCGUCGGUGUAGCCGUUACGUAUCUCGCAGUGGAUACCAAGUAUGGUUAUCGGGAGUAUGAGGUUGAUGCUAACGGGGUACUCGUUAUGCGUUUGCAGCUGGGUUUGGGGUAUGUGGGUGAUGAUCUGCGAGAUGCGUCUGUUUUUGUAACAAAACUGCAUGAGGAUGUGCCGAACGGUUAUUCUGGCCGCGAGGAGGAUAUUAUAGAGCAUGUUGUACGUUUGCUGCUGUCGUCUAUAGCGUUGGAGCAUGAUGGUCGCAUGACGGGGAUUGCGGAGUGGGAAGUGAUUCUGGACGCGCCAUUGGUUGGGCGACCAUAUCUACAUGGGGAGUUACGUGUGGAUACGUAGCUUAUAGGGGUCAUCAGGUGUUUUUUUUCAGGAGGUGUAUGCAAAGUGCGGGUAUCUUUUGGCGGGAGUAAAUUUGCCCUUGUUGUCUUGGUCAUGCGUCCGGGAAGAGGAUCUGUGUUGUGGGUUUCGAGAGUCAUAUUGUCUUAUGUUUUUUUUGGAUUCUACCAUCCGUGAAGGUCCGUUGCUACACGCUUCAGUGUUCAACGCAGAAUUGGAGAGUGAUGCCAAAGGGUGGUGAUGUAAUUUCAUGGAACUAUAUUAGGAUCAACACGUUGGGGUGGUGUUGUUGAUAAAGCAUCACGGGGUAGCUUUGGAUGUUCAUAUGUACUAGUUUGGGGAGCAAGUUUAUAUGAUAUUUUAGUAAAAGACAUAAGGUUGC